GGAGGUGUGACGGAAGCAGGUCCAAAAAAACCUGAACAGACGCAACCGGGACUUCAAAAGACCUUUAGAGGAACACAGUAGGGCUCCACAUCAACAGAGAGCAGAUCAGGAGAUCAACGGGGGGAAAGAUGGAAGAUCCUGGCACUCGGUAAGUACGGGGGAGGCACGCCGAGUCUCUGUAGUGAUGCUAAUGGAUCUGUUGUUUGUGUACCAGUUUACGAACAUCCCUCCGAUAAACCUCUGCAUGUGAGCACCGUGUGUGACAGAAAGGAAAAUGUGGUCAGCUCCUCAGAGGAAAUCCCAGAUCAGUGUUCCUCCGUUUCUUCAUGUGAGCAGACAAACAUUUCCGAGAACAGGACAUCCUCCGCACUGAUCCCCGGGAUCUGCAGAAAUCCUUUAAUCGCUGCGAGGACCUGCACACUGUUUCUCUGGUUGAUGUCGUCAACGCCUUAGUGCUCCUGCUUUUUCCCGUCCUCAACCUGCUGCAACCCGCAAAGCUCCGCCAAAGCCGCUGUUUACUGUCAGAAAUCAGUCUGAGCUGUAUAUUUGGUUUCUGCUCCCCCCUCUCCAGUGCUCAGCAUUGUAUGUAAAUCCUCAAAUCAACAUGCACAGAUUCUAUUUAAUUUCACAGCUACUAGAGUGGCUCUAAUCUCAUCCAGCCAUUUGGGCUGUUUGCUUUUCAAAUCUAAUGGAUGUUUUUUGUGAAGGCCGGGGUUGAGGGGUUAUUGCCGUCUUUUCUUUAGCCUGAAAACUGUUUGAAGUCUCCGGAGUCACAGCAAAGCAAAUAAUUGAAUUUGCUCAGAAAACAAAGACUCUGGCAGCGAGUACAGGCAUAUAAACACAUCUGCACGGAGCACACGCCUCGUAUCAAGACACAGUUUAUGUUUUCUGAUAGAAAAUGAACUGUAUUAUUACAUUUUUCCAUCUUCAGCCCGUCCUUUUUACAGACAGAUGGAUCUGCUGUCUGCUCAGACAGCUGAGUCCAAAUUGCCAAGAUGUUACCUGUGCAAAGAUAGAAAAGCCCGGUAUGUAAAACCCUCUACGUGCAAACAGCUCAAAGAAAUCAAAUCAGGCUAAAACACAGUCUUGAAGGAGCCGUAAUAAUAGAGACUUCUCAGCAGAUUUUAUUUACUAAGGUGCUUUUUGAAGCAGCGGUCCCUUUUGUCAUUGUAGAAACAGAGCAAAUGUCAAUAGCUCCCCUCCUCUCCAACCAGGUUCAAUACAGAUUUUUAUGAGGCAUGAAAUACUUUCUCCCUCGGCUUGUUGUGUCUGUUUAUUAUGCACAUAUUUAAACCCUAUUACACCUUCCUGUAGGGGUUUCAGGGAAAAUGGCAUUCAUUUCCAGACGGUGCGACGGAGUGAGAGAACUUUGAAUGAGUUAGUUUAUCCCUGCACCUUGUUAGACUUCAGAGCGUUCCUCUGCAGGUUUUUAUGAAGCACAUAUAAAACCCUAAACUCUGCAAGAGUUUGGACGCUGUGGAAAAUGUUGAUACAAACAGAAGUUUGUGGUUUAUAAGACAUUUAAAGACUGUUUUAGUGGUGUAAGUGUGCAAUGCCAAAUUAACUACCUGAAAGAACAUGUAACAAGACAGUUAGUGAGUUAGACCAGCGAUCCACCAGACGACUCUGAGAAGAUUUGGAAAGACUCCUGGGAAACAUCUAAAGACGAGUGUUUGGAGUAUUUACAAGACGACAACUAGAUUGUUUUAGCAUUUUUUGACAGUUUAGUGUUUCCCGUUGGUGGGGAAUCUACCUGUGAUGGUGUGGGAUUUAAUCAGCUGUGUGUUUGCAUAUGAAAACUUGGAAUUCGCUAAUGCUAAUACUUGGCACGCACGCCCCGCAGUGCAGCCUGUGUGCACCGCAUGUACUGAUACAUAUCGAGUCUGAGGUAGGGCGUAAAAAAAUGUUACUGUUGAGGUGCUUUUAUUUAGUCGUGGCGGUGCGCCAUCACAUGUAGGAGAAACCCUUCAGUCAAAUAGACGAGGCUGAUCUGCUCACAGCUUCACUAUCCGCUCCUUUUUUUAAUCUCCAGUAUCUUGAUCUUCUUGUUUUGACUGUCAGGUUUCCUUUUCUGCUUUUGUUGGAGAUCAUCUAUUGGUUGUUGGUUGUGUUAAGUCACUGCAGCAAACCCAAGACUUGGAAAAGACAAUUGAGAUGAUGGGAGCACACUGUGACUCCAGCAAAACUCCAAAAUUCACUCAAGACUCUCAGCUUUUAGUCUGGGACUGUGAAUAUCGUUCGGUGGAAGCCCAGCAUAAGUCACAUGACUGGGUCUAAAAACGACAUUCAGAGAGGCGGAGUCUCAGAAGGAAAGAUGGAAGAGGUUCAGGACUCUGUGAGGGACUGCGUGAGCUAACAGUUCAACAGUUUCAGAAUAAAGUUCCUGAGAAUUCUCUGUACCAAAAGGACGAGCACCAAAACCAGGACUGGAUGGUCCUGAUCUUCAGGGCGUUAAAAAAAGAGAGGACUCUGGAGUGGAAAUCACUGCAUGGAAAGGACAACUCCUUUUAACGAAGAAUUGGAAAUCAUAGAUGCUGCAUCCUCAGUUUUAGAGAGUAGAGAGUCCACCUGAGGACACACGAUAACAUUUUGAACACCUUGUUUGUUUACAUAAACAUUUGACACAAGUUUAAGGAGGUGACAUAAAGUUUUUUUGUGUAUUUAUGCAGAGACAGGACUUAAUCUGCAGGAAACCACAUGAACAGAUCAGGUCAAGAAGAAAUGGGAUAUCCUCUUUUUCUCUCCUUCCUCCUUCACCCUGAUAAUGCAUAAACUAGGCCAUACCUGUGAAACAUCCCGCCCCUGACACGCUGCAGGGUGGGGUAAACACCAGGGAUGUCCAGGAGAGGGACUCCUCACAUAAAUCAGUGCCGGGCCUCAUGUCUGCGUCGCUGUGGAGGGAAGCUCGGAGCGUGGCUGGAGAUGCAGGUUAUAUGAGGGAAGGAGAUUGGUCAGGGGAUGCCAGCCUCCAGCAGACAAGUGUCCUGGGUCUGGGUGAUGGAUGCAGCACGGAGCCAGAGGGGAAUGCUAACGAGAUCUAAGGUGUCAUGGCUGACGGCUGUAAGGGGAGACCUGGCUCUGGUGGGAGCUCAUUAAGCAGCGUGUUCAACCUGCAGAGAGGAAGAAGAAGAAGAAGCAGCAGUUCCACGUCUGUCCUCCUCCAGACCGGCACUCACUCUUAGCUCGGCAGAAAAGUCCACAAGAGGGAUCCGCCUUCGUGGGCCGGCGUGACUGCAGAGAGAUGGAUGAACCUGGAGGUUUGGAGUGAAGUGGGUGACAGAAGGACCGGCUCCUUAGUCAGCAGAGUUUUGGAGAUGGGUGUCUUCUUCGGAGUGCCUCUUUUUUCAGUCACGUUGUCUCUCGGGAAGGACGGUCCGGUCUUUGAGGGAACUUUGUCUUCUCUCUCUAAGGUAGUCUCUUUUUUUGACCUCUCAUUCAGAACAUCAGGAUCUGUUUUGAUGAACGUUGCUACACGGAUUCAACCUGCUCUUCUCACGCCGGCAGACAUCAGCAUCUAAACGCUGACUGAAAACUCUGGGCUUCUGGUUUUUGUUCCAUUGCCUCCGUCUGCUGCAGGAGGUGCAGAUCUGCUUAGCUGGCUUGGCAUCCUGGAGGUCUGGACCUUCAGUCAGAAGCUCAUGUUUUAGUCAAAAAAUGCAGUAGAUUGUGUCCUUCCAGAGGAGGAAAUCUACUUCUAGACUUCUAGAAUCAGCAUCUCCUCAUCCAUGGUGUCAUCGGGGUGAAAUGACGUCUAAAAACCUUUCACUUGUUCGUCUCCGCCUGUUUGCAUGGUGUGAAAUACGAUCCAGUGUUUUAUUUGGAUGUUUGGAUGUUUCCAGAUGUUUUAUUUUGUGUCUGUGCCCGACUUCCUUUCCAGCACGGGUUAAUCUGUGCUGAAUUUAUCCGGCAUGCUCCGCCAUCCAGAAAAAUAGAACUCUUGCGAUCAGCUGAGGAGUCCGGCGAUCCGCAGAGGAACAGAAAGAAGUCGGUGUAAAUUGACACGUUAAAGUGAAUGGUUACGAUCAGCGGAUACGGCCUCUUUGUAGCCGUUCCAGUUGCGGUGGAAAUUGGGGGUUACUGUCUUGAGUUGUCCUUCUUACCAACACGUAUCAUUCCAAUGAUGAUGGAAAAGAAAAACAGAGGUGGCGAGAACUUGUUCUAGGCAUCAGAUGAUUGGUGAAGAAGAGAAGGUCUGAGGUCCUGGUCCUUGGUCUCUGGUCCUUAGUCUCUGGUCCUUAGAUCCCCACCUGGACCUGCUGCAGGAGGAUGCUGUAUUUCACCCUCUGUCUCCUCAUCUUCCUGCCAUCCUUAAUCCCACAGACGAACCCUUCGUCAGCGCUCGGAUGUGCGCGGCGUGCAGAAGCGUAGUGAAGACAAUCACAGGACUGUCAGCCUGUAUGUAAUCCCGGUAAAUGUGAGGGGCAGGGGUCACCCUGAAAGCGUGACUGAGGCGGCGACCCGGCCCGUGCCCGCUUCAAAUUCAUCUCUGCAUGCAGAAGUGUGGAAAUUAACUUUCAGCCGCUCCUCUGAGGCCGCCCGCCUGAUUAAUCACUUGUCAAAUGUCUGAUCAAGGAUUGAACAGCCGGUAAUGAACCGCCCGGCCUGGAAAACACACUCAGAGGGAGCGGUUUGAAAAGACAGUCCGGCUGUCCUGGUCUGACGUUUUUGGGUUUUCCAGAAGCUUUUGUCAUUUUAAUUUUUGUACUUUUCACCGUCUGGUUCUUGUUUUUUACAGAUUUAGAUGAAGUUUCAGAACGGAGGAUAACGGUGUUUUUUGCUUGGUUGUAUCGUUGGUUAUUAUCACGUUUUAAAGGAGUUUUGAUUGCAAAUCUGAACAAACUUUUUCCUUUUGUCUGUAAAAAUGCAGAUUUUCUGUGACUGUUCAGCAUUUUAACUCUGGGAAACAAAGAAUUGAGAGUCUGAUGCGUCUCACUGCUUUCUCUAAUGCCUAAUAUUUUUCUUCCUCUCAUCUCCCGUCGUGUUUUCUCUCUUUCCACCUUCCUCUUCACUUUGGCAUUUCUCUCUUCUCUCAGCCUCUUCCUCACGAUCUCUGACUCUCCUGAAUCUCUGUUCCUCUCUUAUCAUGCUGCUCACCUCUGAAAGGAUACACUCUUUGUACCUGAAGUCCAGGUGAACUUUAGCUACACAACGUCUUCCCGCACAAUAGCUCAUUUGAUUUAUCUCUGCCACUCAACAUUGUCCACUCGGGGACGGGACAUUUUCAUUGUUUGGGAGCUGCUUUAUAUUUUGGAGGGGUUAGGGUAGCUUUGUUGCGUCUCUGAGAAAGGACUCGGGUCUGAUUCACAUCUCGUACUUGGAGCCAAAGACUGUCUGCUCCUUUUCUUGACUGAGUGACCCCAUCCAGCUUAGAAAAUUACAGGGGCAAUAUGGUGCAAUCAGUCCUCUUGUCUGCUGCAGCACGAAGGAUGGAGAUUCAGCCUGGAGCCGAGAAACCUAUCACACCUCCUGACGGUGAGGUUUCAUCGAGGAUGAAAGCGCCAGGAUGUGAAAAGAGUUUGUUUAUCCGCCUUUUUUCCCAACAGUUUAUUAGCAUUCGGGUCGUCCUCCGUGUAUCGUGGCUUCCUGCAGAGGUAGACAAAUGAUGGACGGAUAUAUCGAAGUUACGCUGGUCUAAUAUUGACUAAAAUGACCGGGACACUCCACCCUUUAGUUGAAGAUCUCUUUCCUGUCCUCCAUUCUGGCUCUAAACUAUAAUCACAGUGUAACCAUGUCAGUCAAACAUGAGUGUUAUGAGGGUCCCACGUCCACAAGAGGGGUCUGGAUUGGCAGAUCCAACGUUGGCGCCCUGAGAGAGUCUGGAGAACUGCUGCCUGAAACAUCUUCCAGCGUGACCAGUUUGAAGGUGGCCCCCCUGAAGUCGGAUUUCCAACUCUGAGAGUCGGAUAAUCCUCACCAACCCCGACUUGACGACAACGUCAUAAUCCAAAAUGGCAGCGCAGAGCAUCAACUGUAAAGAGUAACAGUGAACGCUCUCAUAAUAUUUUAUUUAUCAGCACUUAUGUUUUGUUUUUGUGAAAUUACAUAAGUGGUUUAUGUUGUUCUGCCCAACGUCUAACUGUGAACACAGUGCUGUGAUAUUUGUAAGUGUAAAAUACUGUGUGAUACUUUGUUUACAACUGGUGUAGCUAACAACAGCUAACGACAGCUAACAGCGGCUAACUGUAGGCAUCCAUCUUGGUUUUCCGACUUGUUAACUGGAACGCCGUCAACUCGGGUGUAACGUCAUUCCCAGCUCCGACAUCCGACUUCCGAGGUACCUGAACGCAGCAAAAGCCUGGCUUUAUGUGGUUGGAGUGUGUCAGCACUUCCUGGACGACGAAGACGCGGAUGCUAUCGACCGGUCUGCCCAGACCUGAAUCGACUGUCCGGGAGCAGACUGAUGCUCUGAUCCAGGUCUGGGAAUACCAGUCAGUGAAGAAGAAGAAGUACACGCACUUAUUCAGUCGACUUUUAUCUCUGCUCCGAAACAGGAUGAAAUACUUUGAAAAUCUGGAUUUUUUUAGUUUGUUUUUCUUUGAAAAUCUGACUUCAUGUGAACCUGUUCAGCUUGUCCUGAGAAAUCAUUUCUAUAGACAGUUCCUGGAAUAUUGUGUAAUAAUAUUCUGAGUCGAUAAAUAACCAAUUAUGAGGCUUGGUAAACUAUUAUGAUAAUAACUCAGUCUGGGUGAAAGUUCAAUCGGCUGCAGGGCCUCAACAGUUCCCUGAAUAUAAACUCCUCGAACAGCUCUGCUGAAAACGCCUCAUCACUAAAGAGUCGAUAAAUUUUCAUAUAAAUAUUUCAUAAACUUACCGCGUAUAUAAAUGUGGGUCGCCACCUCCAUCGAAAUUAAACAAAUGUUAAUUGAUGAUCAUUCCCAACACCAACGUCAGUGAGAAUCAACCAUUAAGUUGACAGCUUGGGUUAAAACAUGCCGAUGUUUUAGGGUCAUGACACCACAGUGAUAUUAAAGGUACAGUAUGUAGUAGCAGUAUUAUGCAGUUUAUAUUUAAUGGAAAAUUGUAUUUAUUUUAUUUUAUAUGACGUAGAAAAACUCUUAUAUUUUAGAAGCAGCAGGUUCCUCUCUACAGAGGCUCAGAUUGGACAAACUAGCAGGAACCAAACAGGUUUUGUUUGUUACUGUGGGGCUGAGCGAGAGGACAGAGUGAGAUCGGAUGUUUUUGUGUUUCUAUAAAGUUUUUCAUGGUUAAAAAAAAACGUGACAAAUGGAGAAUCAGACUGAAACUGACCUCCAAGCUGCCCAUGAAUUCCUAAAAAUGAAGACCGAGUUGGCGUUAAUCCUCUUUUUCUUAGGUUGUGCGUAAGACUCGAUGGCGAAUCGCUCCUAAUCUGCUCCUCCUGACUGGUUUGUGUUUUAAACAGACAUAAACUCUUUGGUUCAGGGACGUACUUUCACAUUAACAGCAGAUAUCCAUUCCCAGUGACAGGCUCCGAGUCUCUAAUCAUUACUCUGUGUGAUUUCCCACUGGGCGCUCAGGCCUUAAUAUGCACCAUGAUUGACAGCACAUACCAGGAAAGCUUGUUUACCUCCAGAACGUGACCCGGGCUCCUCUCUUAAUGCUAAAUGUUUUUACGUCCAUGUCUGCCUGCCUGUGGGAAUUCAAUCAUGGCUUUUAAAAGUUUGAGAGGUAAAUCUGUGCCCCGCAGAUUCAGUCCUGGUGAUGAUGUUUGGAUUAGAAACUGUCUCAGUUUUCGAUCUACGCAGUCUUAAGGUUUUGUUUUCGCCUGGAUAAUCAGGUUUCUGGCAAUAAAUAAAAGUUUCAGAGAUCCGGGAGAGAAAAACAUCUUGUUUGGCCAAAAAAUAAUCUCCCUGAUUCACUCUGGUAUUAAUACAAAGCCUUUAGGACAAAGACCAGCAGAUCUGGAGAGAGGAUCAAAAGGAACUUUAAAGUUUGAGAAACCACACGGCGAGUUUUCAUACUGAUGCAUAAAAUACCGUACAGACGACGUCGAUUUAUUUCUGUCCACUGAGAGAUAAGACGCCGAAGAUGACCUCCACAGACGCCAGCGUUCACACUGGUAGAACCAUGCUGGAGAGUCCCGCCUCCAGGAGCCACAUUUGUCAACAGAGCUGUCAAUCAUGUCAGAGCCACUUCUUAAAAUCAGAUGACCGAGCCAAACCUCCUCAGAAAAAUGACAUAAACCAGAACUGACAAUCGUAAGCGAGUAUAAAUCGCUGUUUCUACCUGCUCAGGUCGUGUUAAACGAACCCCCUUUAAACACAUAAAUGCUUUGUUGUUCCUCCUCCUCCUCUGUGAUGCAGCAGCAGGAGCGCUCCGUCGUUUUAACGAGCUCAGAUUCGGCUGAUUGUGCUCACAGGUUUAUUCUGGGCUCUGUGGUGUUGGUUAUCAGAGAACUAAAGGUGCUCGUCGUCGUCGUCAGUGUUUCUGUGCUUCACAGUCUUAAUGAGCUUCACUCGGUAAUUUUGCAUCUUCUGGUUCACAUUAGAGAUGUUUGUGGUCAUUUUGAGAGCGCUGUUUCUACUAAUAUUCACUGGUAAGCCAUCCAGAGGCGCUAUCUAAAUAAGGACAUCUAAAGGACUCAUUAUUCUGAUCUUAUAUCCAACAGAAGGGCAUCCAGAGGGCACUAGUUUCUGCUUUUACUACUAGUGGGCCGUCCAGAGACACAAUUAACUAAUCACUACCACAGAUGGCGCUAUUUCUCAUGUUAUAUGUAUAAAUAGGUCAUCCAGAGGGCCCUGAGAAGGCACUAUUUAUUCAUAACUCCACUGGUAGGGCAUCCAGAGGGCGCUUUUCUCCAGAUAUAUCCACCGAAACAUCUUGGGAAUCUUGGCAUCACUAUUUUCUGUUUAUAAACACUGGAGGGGUUUCAGUAUUUUUACAUUUUUAACUGGAAGGACAUCCAGAGGACACUUCGCCGUGUCGUAUCUUUUAAAAGAGCAGCCAGUAAAUCCAUCUUUUAUGCAUUUCUCCAAAGAAAGGGCAGAGGAGCGAGCGGUUUAUGAGAUUUUUGUGUGCCAGGAGCAUCGCAGAGGGCAGAGCUGUGACAUCUUUUUAGACUGACACAUCCCCACCCCCCAAAUACACCGCUGCCAAUUAGGUCUGUCCAGCCAGCAGCAGCUAGGUAAAGGAAAUUGUUUGGUGUGGAGGAACACACGAACACACACACACACACACAUUACACAAACACACGCACACACACAUACACACUCGCGGAAAGGUUAAUCAAUCACAACAGAGAGGGAUGUGCAACAAUAGAUCUGAAAUGCUGUCGUACACUUUCAAAGGUGCAGACAGAGUGUGUUUGUUAGCGUGUGUGUAUUAGUGUGUGUGUGUAUUAGUGUGUGUGUGUGUGUUGUGGACCAGUGGGGCUUCUGGACAUGUUCAUUAAAAACCAAACUCACAUCUCUCUUUGAUGGCUCCAUGUCAAGGGCACUUUUUCAAGUGAAAGUCCAGCUGAGUGGAGCUCUUUUAAACGUCCACUCUGUGCGUCCCACUGUUUUAUAUUCGUUUCACUCAAAAGCAGCAGAACGUAAUUAUCUUCAUCACCAUAUUCCCAUCUAAUGACGCCGAGUGUUUGCCAGCUUUGGCAGGUUUUUUCCCGGCCUCUGAUGGAACGUGUCGGGGGGAAUCUCAAAGGAGACGGGCACAAUGGCGACCUGAAUGUCACUGGCAUCUCUGAGCGGCGCUCAUUUGUGAAUGUCUGUCCGCGGGCCAGAGAAAGUCUCUGCCCUCCAGAAGCACGGGUUUGUCACACAGUGUCAUUUUUAAAUUGGACUCUGUCUCUCCAUGCCCGUCCCCGCUCGGUCUUGGACCGCACAUGAGCUUCAUUAGCAUUUGCAGGAACUGUGAGACAUUUACCACCAUGGAUUGUGACAGAUUUCACAAGCUCAAUUUUACUGUCGCCCUGGGGGGGGAGAGGCGGUGCUCACCAUCUGUUGAUUGUGACUGUACCGGGGACCUCCAUAAGAGGCUGCCUGUCUACUCCUGCUAACAGUCCUGAGACAGCCCGGGUGUUUACUGAGAAAUUAACACUUUUUAGAAAGUUAAGAGCUUCAAGAGUUCCUGGGAAGACAAUAAAUAUAAGACAAAUGAUGCCAAAGAGGAACUGCGUGUUAACUCAUUCAGUGCCGUUGAUGGAUUUUGACCACCAGAGGGCGCUCCUCCCCAACGUGCGACUAAGUUUGGGGUCGUUCUGAACGCAGAAAAGCCGACAAAUACGUCAUAACCAUGUUACGAUAACAAGAACAAGUACUUGCCAGUUAGAAGUCUGCCAUCAAGUGUGUCCUUCAGCCGAGUUGUGGAGUGUUUUUCUUUAAAAGAAGAGUUGGAAAAUGCCGAAGUCAUUAGCCAAGAGCUAACGGUCUCAGCGCAUCGGCUCCUGUUGGCGCGGUGCUACCGUCUCUGGAUUCAGUGGAGAUCCCGGUACUGGACCUUCACAUCAUCAGCAGACAAUCGAAGAAACAUUUUUCCCGCCGUGUCGUUGUGCUGCUGGUGCCGGUGAGCGAGACUGAGCUGGAAUUCAGCGACAGUCCCAGCAAGGAGGACGUGGGCUGUCACGGCGUCAGGUUCUCAAGAGCCAAUCCGACUCCCAGCUGUCAUAUGUGACCUAUCACAGUUGGAUCUGAGUGGUGUCCGAGGAGGGAGGACCUUGAUGUCACCGGUUAAGUAGUUUGAAGUGACAUGAAAUAGACGAUCAGAGUUCUGCUUGAAAGUCUCUCUUCGUAAAAAUGUGUUUUUCCAGAUCGGCUAAGAUGAUGUGACCACGCUCCACUGAGCAGGAAAUAACUAAACACAGGAGUGGGUUAGAGACUAACUUUUUUUUCUGGUGAAAGAAGAGAAUCACCUCUUUCUUUUGAGAUAUUGCACUUAAAUCCUGAAAGAUAUAGUCAUUUCUAUUGCGGUCAAUGGUGGUACUGGCUGAAAAUUGCAUAAAUGAACCUGGCAGUGAAUGAGUUAAGGAAGUUAUUCGCAAACAUUUAUUGAGUCUGGUAAAUCACAAUCUGAGGAUCUUUGUGGAAAUCAUGGACCUAAAAACAGACCUGACUGAGGUGCUCUUUAGACGCCAUUUAUUUACAGUAGAUGGGAGGAGGAGCUGUAUAAUCUAUAUUCAUAUACCGUCAAUAAACUGAGGAAACCUCAUCAUGGUUCCCAUUAGAAGCAGGUUUGAACAUCCUUCAGUUUCUCAGCUUCACCUCUUUGCUGGUUCCUUUAGUCGCAGGAAGUCAACAAGAGUUGCAUUUCCAAUAUGGCGACCCCCAUCUCGCUGAUGCAUUGAUUUCAUAUUUGAGACGAUACCUCCAUCUGAAUUUUAAGAAAUAUAGUUAUAGUGACUGAGACGGGAUUAGGUUGCUGGAAAGCUUCUGAUUGGUCCAAAUGAAAUCCCUCAAACGCAGUAAGUGAGUCUUCUUACAUGAGAAAAAGGACCGAGGGUUUGAGCGAGUUUGAUGUGAUGGUAUGAAGAUGAUCAAACAGGAUAAUGGAUAGAGAGAGCUAUAGAAAUAAGGCUUUUGGUGGUGGAGGUGUUUUUGUGGAAAGUAAAGGAGUCGUAAAGAAAAAAUAAAGUUUCAAAGUAAAACUUUGAUUUUAGAUAUUCAAGUAUCUCUUCCACACCGCUCCGGGGCACAAAAACUCCCAUGAAAAAGUUUGUUUCAGCGACGCUCUCUGCUAAUUAGUCUCUUAAUAACUCGCCCGUGCGCCUGCUUCUGAGUUAUUCUUCAGCUCACAGAUUGAACGCACAUCUCAGAAGCCGAUACCUCUAAAAAGCAGCUCAGUUCAUAUUUCCGCUACAGGCAGCAGGGCACUUCACUCCUCUGAGGCUGGGUUUCUGAUUAUGUUGUAAUAAAAGAUGAUGGAGGUGCCGUGCAGCAGGUCUCACAGAUGAAGAGCUGCUCUGAGUGCGUUUGCUUUUACAUGAUUUUCUUAAGACUUCUAUACAACUUACUGAAAGAAAUGGAACUUCAAAUAUUCAUGAGUGUCUGCAUAAAAGGCUUCCUGGGUGCUGAAAAAUAAACUCGUGGAGGAAUCUGAGGCGUGCUCUGUAAAUGUUCACCAUAAAAUAAUUAGCCUCCUUGACAGCUGAUUUGUUUCUUCUUUUUUUGCAUUUACCUUUAUGUUUGUGCAAAACGCCCCGACUCUAAUUAAUGAAAGUUCAGUCAGAAACAACAAAGGCGGUGAUUAAAGGUGUGGGUGACUGUCAGAAGUUGAAUUUUUCUACAUGCAGUUUUUAUAACACCAGGAAUAUUCCCACUAGAACAUAAAGGAGCAGUUUUCAGGAGCUAUACUCGUGCAAAAGCCGCUCAGAGUCUAUUAAAUCUGGAACGAUAACUUGACUCUUGUGUGUGAGAGCAAAAGCAUGCAGUGAAAGUCAUUGUGCAAUCUUCACGCUUUAAUGACAGGUCAUGCAUUUGCACAUAUGCACUGUGCAGAUGUCUUUACUGUUGUUUUUAAAAUGACUCUCCCUCUUCAGCCUCUUAUUAGUAGUCAACUGGUAUCAGUCUUUAAAUGACUGUUUCCAAAGCCAAUAACUAGAGAGCAGAGUAACUGAUGGCGGAUAUAUGAUGCCAAUACCACAUUUAUUUUGUAUGGAAUAUAAAAAUUGAAUAACAUCCAUUAUUCCAAGUAUAUUGCAGUCUAAAGUGCAUGUUUAUUUUGGAUAGAAACGUGACCCAGAUGGAUUUUGUUUUAGUUCAGGUCAUAGAUAUGUCGUGUUAUUCUACAGGUUUCAGAAUAUUAAAGAUAUUUAUGCCAGAACAUCAUAAAAUGACAUUAUUCUGUACAUUAUAACAGAGUUUAUAUUAAACACUCCUCGUGACUGUCCUAGAUAUAAAUACAUGCAGUCACAGAGGAAGGAGAAAUCACAUAAUCAUUGAAAGUGACGUGCACAUUAUUGACAAGGCUGCCUGCAGAGUUAAUACAGUCAAUAUAGAUGUUACAUAUAUGUGUGUCUGUGUGUACAUGUAAUAUUACUUAUUCAUAUUAGAUAUGGAGCCAGUAUGACAAACUGAUGCUGCGAUAACCUCAAGAAAAAAUAUGUCUGUUUCACUGCAGCUCUAAAACGCCCCUUUAGCAACAUUUAAAAACUACACAGAAUAUAUGGAAAAUUAGUGAACAUGUAAAUUACCAGUGAGUUAAAUUAAUACGAUGGAUAAUUAAUAGAUUUUAUUAAAAAACGAUGUCGGUGCUCAAAAAAAACAUAUGUAGGUCCUCUGGAGAGUGUGAAGUGGACUUCGGUAUGAAGCACUAACUCAAAGGUAUUUUCUAAAGCCCCCUCCUCACCAUUAAUCAAAGACCGGGCACAUCCAGGUCAUCCUCAUCAUCAUCUGUUUGCGCUUCAAAGUCUAGAUGCUGUUAUCCUAUAACUUCAUUAAUGUGAGAAAUGAGGUGGUUUGGUCUUGGUCCCAGAUCUUUAUCUUGUUCUGUUGAGGGUCGCCCCUUGGACGAUUGCGGUUAAAACCCCUAUACUUCUAACCCUAACCUCAAACCCUAACUGUCCCUGUAGAUUCUCAUUCAUCCUGGUCAUGGUUAUCUCAAAGACUCCAAAAUCAGGCAAAACCUCAACCUAAACAAUUCGAAAAACCGUGCCCGAUCUUGCUAUAGAGGCUAGCCGCCCCAGACAAUCCCAUUCACUUGAAUGGGGAGUUUUUUAAUUGCCCAAAGCUUUUGAAUGCAGGUGUGUUAAAGUCUUCAUUCUGGUACCAGUGAACUCUGGGACAUGAAACAGGGUGGUUUGGUCUUGGUCCUAGAUCUCUAUCUUGUUCCCUUGAGGAUCGCAGAGGAUCACUGGUUGGUGAUUGUGGUUAAACCCCCUACAUCCUAACGUAACCCUAACACUUUAAAAAAAAUUAUAAUUUUUCCUAAUUUUUUUGCCCUUUACUUUUGAGCGCAACGUUUUCCAUUUUCGUGAAUUCAUUUCGUCCCAUUUGUGCCGCCAGAGUAAUACAAGCAUCCAAUCAGGUCUUUGCAUUGACUUUCCAUGAAAUUAAUUCGUGUGAAUGAUUUUACCCGUGCUCGGUGUGAACGCCCCAUAAAGAAGCAUCAGACAUUAUAGCAGUGAGUGAAAAUAGAAAUUUCCUCGCUCUAAAUAUGAGUUACGUCUUCUUUCCCAGAGUUUAAUUGAGUGGAUUUUAAUCUGAUAAUCCGUUCAUUUUAUUUACAUUUUAAUUAGUAAGGCAGUACGUUUAUAAUUUUCUAUCUGUGUCCAAACUUCUAACCAAAUAAGACAGACUCAGAAAUAACUCCAGCUGUUAUUAUAUAAUCUGAGUUUUUUUGUGCCCGGGCCGAAUAUGGAAACAGUUAACCCAAAUGUGAAAGACUCUUUGAGGGUAAUCAAGCAAUCAACUUCCAACCAACAGACUGCAGCAGGCCUGAUAAAUCUCUGCCAUGGUUUGAAGCCAGCUGUAAUUGAAACAAAUGAUGAAACCAGAGUAUAACAACAAAGAUGAGUAAGCUGCUGAAUUAUACAUCCAACAGAAAUAGAGGUAAUGUAUCAAAUAUGUGAUCUGUAAUAAAGCACUUCAUCUCUCAGCUGUGAAAUAACGUCAUGUGAUGCCGACUGCUUGUACUUCAGAGGAAUUAGUUUGUAAUUUCUCCGCAUUAAGACCACAAAUAUCCAGAAUUUAUAUUUAAUAAUGAUUCAUGUGAAGAUAAACUCAACGAAGAGGAGGAUUAUCUGUAAACAACGCUGGAAGAAAAUGAUUAUCACCUCGUGCUGCUGCAAAUUUGCACAAUCUCCAACAAUCCUUUGCUCUAAGUGUCUCUGGCAGCAGCAGAUGAAGUGUCACAGUGGUGAUGAGUGCGAUCACCACAGCCUCCUCCUCUGGGGCUGCACAAACAUAUUUACGACAAGUCCUCUGACAAACAGGACAAGGCUGUUUUCCAAACCUGCUGCAUUUUACUUUUAUGGGAAGCGGGUGAGGGCGCUGACAGAAGGAGCGGCUGCAGACUGCUGAUGCUGCCGAUGUGAGCUCCUUCUCCACACCUCCUAUUUCUAGGCUUCCAGCAGGGUGCCAUUAAUCAAGCUCCAGAAGUUAAGUGUUACUCCAGCCUUUGCUGUGUUGGAAAUUACAUUGGAAAUGCAUAAUUAGGUAUCAACAAAUCUAUUCUGCAGUCAUGCCGUAUUCAGUGGGGGAUGCAUUUUGUUUUAAAGGAGAGCGAUAAUACUCAUUCUCACCUUUCAUUAUGUCAGUCUGGGACACCUAUGGAGCAGCUUUGCACGAUUUGCAGCUGAAGUCACUCUGUAUUUAUCUGUUUCUGGCAUCUGUGAAAACCUUCAUUUCAGCUCGGUGUAUUCACACUCUCAGAGAACAGAUUUAUUGCAUUAGUUUGAAAGUGGACUUUAAAGAUACAUGGAAACAUGUUAGUCUGAGUGAACUGGCACUAGAUUGAAUUUCUCAUAGUUGGUCUAACAUGGCCCAACGGGAAUGAUGUAGUUGCCCACUGAGCAAUAAACUGCUAUUAGACAUGUAGUUAUUUUUUAGACCUAAUUUCAACCGUCUAGAUUCUGUAUAUCUGUAGACGGAAUUUAGACAUUGCACUUUAACACGCUAUUCAAUAAGUAUUUAUUUUCAAAUGAUCUCAAAGUACUAAACCAAAAUAAUUAUGAUAGCCGUUGAGCAAAAUACUGGUAGACCUCUGUUAGCUGGCUAGUCCAAACUCGUCUGAAAACUUUCAUUUUUAGACCUGUGGUAGACUGAUUUUAGAUCGUCGUCUAGACUACAUUUAGACGUCUAUUAGAACUCUUUAAGACCAAAAAAUACUCAGUGGGUGAGGACUGUUUUUAUAGACUCAAACCAGCUGAAACAUUCAGACACAGGGGUCUUCUCCUGGAAGUUUAUCUGCAUCAGUGUGUAGAGGGAACCAUCAAAUCAUGGGGUACCUCAAAGCUCAGUGUUUGGUCCCCUCCUUUUCUGUACACCAGAUGACACAACUGUCUCAGCCUGGAUCUCAUCAUGUUUCUGUGAUAUUUGUGAACGAUGAAGAACAAACACCACCUUCAGUUCAACCUGUCCAGAACUGAUCUCCUUAUCAUUCCAUCCAGUCCCUCCUUACAACCUCAAGAUCCAGCUCGGAUUGAACCAGAUUAUUCCCACUGAGUCAGUGACCAACUAACCUUUGAGGUUCAUGUCGUCUCGAUUGCUCAGUUCAGCAGAUUUACCCUCUAUAACAUCAGAGGAUCAGACCCUACCUGUCUGAGAACCUAACACAGGUCUUGGUCCAGGCCCAGACUACUGCAACUCCUUACUGGCAGACCUCGAAGCCUCUGUAGAUACUCCAGAGCGCAGUAACCUUACUGCUCCCAUCAUAACAGGGCUCUAAGUCCCUCCAGACUCCUCUCCUCUCUUCACCCUCAGUUCUGGGAUGAAUUACCAAACUCUAUGAGGUCUGCAGAGUCCCAGUCUACCUCUAAGAAAACAUUGAAAGACUCAGCUCUCAGGGAUCACGUCCACGUUGAAGCUCAGCUCUUCUAUUGAUUCAUUUUAGUCGUGGAGUGACGAUAAUAAUUACACAAUUUAACCUCAACCAAAAAAGACGGGACACAAAAAAGACAAAACUGUCUAUUCCACCGACAUGCCUUAAAACCUAAUAUGAGGUCGUCUUCAACAGCCUCUGCAGGAAUAAUAAUAAUCCCUUUUCAGAGUGCAGCUUCACCUGGUGAAAGUGAGACUGAAAACCUUUCCAGGAAGUGUAAUAAGAGUUUCUACUAGAAAAGUAGACCAGCACAUGCCUGACCCUCUCAUGUGUCCUCCAUGUGUGUGCCAUGUGUAUCAGAGAGGAUGUUUACACCCUGUGAUUCCCACUCGGCUCAACGCUGCAGGGAUGUCUAAAUCUGCUCUCUUCUUCAGAGUCAGACUCAACUGACCCCGAGCCAACAAAAGCAAUUUUCUCUAGGUCACACUCACGCACACACACUCCUUCAGUUUCUCGAUAACCUUCUGCUUCCCUUCAUAACUUCACACUCUCUGUCCACCUUUGCAAAGUUUCGCUGCUGGUUCACCAAGUUCUGUGCUCCAUAUUUCCUCUGACUGUUCAGGGAAGAGGAUGCCUCAUUAUUCGGUGUCUUUAGCCCAGCUGCAGGACCCCACCGUGGACUGAGACUAUUUCCAUGUAAUUGGUGCAGAUGUUCCCCCUGUUUCCAGUCUGUGUUUUUGAUACGGCCCCACUUUCUGAAUGGAGGGAACAGGGCGCAAAGUGUCCCUCGCUACAGGCGGCAAAUUACUCCUCAGAAGUCCUCUAACACCCCUGUGCGGUGCAGAGCUGCUGUAAAAGCAAAACAAUUUGUCCAACAUGAACAGGCUCCCCGGAGACUGUCUUAAGUGUUAAAUGACCUGAGCGAACUCGAUACUAAUCCACGGCUGGGAAUUAUGCAGGCGGACAGCGAACACUUACACCCUCUGUGCAGCCGUUUGAAGGCUGUUUAUGCAAAUUCAAGGUGAUCUGAUUUUUCUCAUGGCUUACUUUACUGUCUAUUUCAGGCCCCCGGAGAGCCCUGCAGCCGGUCCGAUCGCUCCGAGUCCAACGCCAACAAGUCCCGGUGAGCGGGCUCGAGUUAAAUGGAAAACAGGCGACUCAGAUGAGUAAGUUUCUGGAGGAACAGCUCACAUUAUUCUGCGGUUUAUUGACAUUUAAACAAAAUCACAAUGAAAAUGUCAAACAGAGCAAACAUCAGAGGAAAUAUCCUACUCUUACUGCUUUAAUGCAUGUUUUUCUGAUUGUGUAUUUCUGCUGUGGAAAUAUUUAAAGCAGGGAAAUCAGACACAAGCCUGCAGGCUGUGAGAGGAGAUGAAAAAAACAACACUUUCUGCACUUCUGACUGGAUUUCUGCUGCUCUGAGGGAACGGGAACGACACUAGGGGGCAGCAGUGAGCCAUGAGCCGAACCUCAGGUUUGACGUCCUACCUUCCUCCUCCUCCUCUUCCUCUCUCUUUCCUCAUAAACAGGAUUGUGGUCUGCCCUCCAGACAUCUGCCGGGUUGUAAAGGGAAUGAAUAAAUAAAAACAAAGGCCUAUGAAUGACGCUCCAAGAAUUUAUGUUGCAUGUAAACAUAUAUUCUGUUUCCAUAUUAUAAUCCUUAUUGGUACAUUUAUUGUUCGUGUCAGCGUUUAUGUUCUAAGAGCGCCCGUGUUGUUGUGUUAUGUCUUUGUGAAAUAAAAAGAGGACGUAGAAGUAGAAGAAGAAGAAGAAGAAGGAGAAGAAGAAAAAGGAGAAGAAGAAGGAGCCUCGGGAGGGUUGAGAGAGAGAGAAGUUAGGGAGGAGAGUAAAGCGUGACAGCCAGCCACUGUAGGAUACAGAGAGCAGAUCAUUAAUUAAUAGUGCCCAGAGAGUGAAGUGAAUCGAUGCACCCCCCUGAGCAUGACACGCACUAACACCCCCAUCUAACAGGCCUGGUGAGGAGCCGGGGGGGGUGAGGUGGAGGUGGACCUGCACUCUCCUUGUCGGCUCACCUCCGUUUUAAUCACUUCUAAUUGUUUCCAAUGGCGGACAGCAGAUACCGAACAGGGAGAAUACAAAACACCUCAGUUUGUACUCUGUCAGGUUAUUUAUUUAUUUCAGAGAUGACCUCUUUGGUUGAGAAAUAAGAUGAGAAAUAAAAAGUGCAGUUCCUCCAGUGGCCAGUUGAGCCUGGUUCUUAAAGGGAGUCGACCCCUGUUUAACCCCAUGUUAAAAAGCCAGACCUCUGAGGAUAUGAUGGAAUCUAAUCUACGAUGAUAUUAGAAUAAUUCCAGAGUAAAAUAUUCAUCCUGAAAUUGAAGUGAAAUACAAAUGAAGAUAUCUGAGUGACCCAGCUGGAGUGAGGGGACUGAUUUCUGUGUGACUUUAGCAACUGUUAGCAGUGUUUUACUGAAGUACGGCUGUGAUGAAGAUAUAUACUUUUGCUCCAGUGUGUUUACUAACCUUCUGAAUCCUUCGUCGUCGACCACAGCAACUUUUAGUAGAGGCGUUACAAACCCUUCCUCAAGAGUGUUUUAGUCUGGCGAGACUUUUACUGUUAUUAUUUAGUGGAUACUUGCGUCCAAAACUAUGGAAGUCAAGAACGGCCAUGGAUUUUUCUCUUUUUUUAUGCACUGUUAUCUCUUGAUAACGACUUAUUAUCUUGUUAUCUCGAUAUAACAAAGUUCGUUUUCUCAUGAUAAUGGAAAUGGCGUUUCAGCCAAUCUCCACGGUAACUUUAAGAUAUUUCUGAAACACCGCAGCCACCGUUCUCAACAUCAAAUCAGGGUUUUCUAUGAAAAUGCUGACGGCACGCACCAUUUAGCGUUUGGGCAUUACACUUUCAACGAUUCGCGCACGGCAGUUAAUGUUCCCAUGUUGAAAGUGUAAUGCCUAAAAUGGAGCGUUUUCGUUGAAAACUUGGACCUGCUGUUGAGAAUGGUCGCUGCGGCGUUUUAGAAAUAUCCUCAUCUGGAGGGCGAACUUUGUUUCAUCGAUAAGUCAAGAAAACAAACUUUGAAAGAAGAAAAAUCUGCGGUCGUUCUUGGCUGUUGUACAAAACUAUGUACAUAUGAGAGUAAGUGCAUGGACAGCGGAGACUCAAUCACAUUUUCAGUGCAAUUAAUUGAUCGUUUUGAUGACAGAAUAUUUGGCUAAUGGUUCUGAUGUUAACAACUGAAUAACCACAAUAAGUUUAGAAGAUUGCGAUGUGGAGGAGAGCGCUCAGAGCAAAGAAACUGAACAAACUGAAUUAUUCUCCGUUCUCAAAGUGGUAAUCUGUCCUGGUUUGUUCAUGAAACUGCUCCAAAAACCACGUCUGAGUGGCUGGCCGGGUCCCGUGGUCCUGACAGCGCUCGGUUCUCCUCAGCAGCCCUUGAAACCUCUCCACCGUCUCCUCAGUGAACUACGCUCAUGCUCGUGUUCAUGAAUUGCAAAUUGAGCCGUUUGGUUCACCGUCCGCUGAAAUAUGAAUGCAUUCAAUACAUUCACUUUGGCACAUUAACACACGACACUACAUUAAUGCGCUAUCUCAAUAUGCACUUUGCUCUUUAGCUGUCUCCGUUUUUAUGCAGACAUUUUUCUCUCGCGGGGAAGAGUUUGAAUAAAGCUGGUGUGAACAGAUUUGAGGAUUUUCUUUCACUCAUGCGCCUCAUGUGAGUACGGUGCAUGUGUGAAAGUGGCUUUAGUGUUCUCGAACCCUUUGCUCCUCUUUAGCUUUACCUUGUUGUCCGAUUACGUUUAUUUCUGGCUGCAGAGAAGAAGUAACGCCAAAUCUGAGGUUUGACCGAGCGCCUGGUGACGUCAGCGUCAUUCUCAGUGUCUCUUCUCUCCUCGCUCUGAUCUCUGGAUCACUGAUGGAUGAAUUUGCGUCAUCUUUUUUUUUUGCAUCCCUCUGUUUUCUUGUGUUCACUCAGCCUGUGUUAUCAGUUCACAUGAAGGAGUGUGUGUGAGUGUGUGUUCACGUCAGGGGGUGACAGCUGGCCCUCUCUGCCCCCCUGUCACAAAGAGGCUGUGACUGCUGGAGUGUGACGGCCUCUCGCCCGCACGCCUGCCCGCUAACACCGCCCCCACCCUCCACCCUUCACCCUCACAGCUUGGCCUGCCCUGCUACUUUGGUUGCAGCUCUCUCUCUCUCUCUCUCUCUGUUUAGAUCUGCACUGCAUAUGGGUCUGGUCAGCCAUGGAAACCCGCUCAGCCCAAUUAGAAGCAGCCGCCAGCUGGGCUUCCCCUCCGUUCCUCUGCCUCGGCCUUGUCCCUCGCUUCUCCUCUCUGGUGGCUUCACGCUCCAACAUCCCACAAUCAGAGCCGCUCCCACGCCCGUAA